AUUUGUACGGGUACCGAAUAUGUUGGUAGAAUAUAUUAUUACUUCUUUAGGACUUUUUAGUCAGCUGUUCUUUCUUGGUGAAGGCAGGCAAAUGGUUGAGCUAGAGGUGUUCUGUGUAACUUAUCUGAUGAUGAUGGAUAAUUGUUUGGAUCUUGGAUUGAUUAUUAACUUGGAUUUGGAAAUCCUGCAUUCCCGCAGCACAUUGAAAAUGGCAAAGUGACAUGUAACCGACAGAGUCAAGAAAAAAAUGUGUGGCUUAUACUGGUAUUUUUCCCUUUGGAAAGACCUGAGUGGUGUUAACUUUUGGAACCUAAUGCUUGAAUUACAAUUCCAAGCAAUCCAGACUGUUGGCCAUAGGGAUUGAGGGGAAUUGUAAUCAGAUUUGGGGGAAAGUGGCUGAAGUUAACAAUGUCCUGCUUUUUAAAUUUUGCCAAAGAUCAGAAUUUUGUCGCCUAUCUCCUUUUUUUCUAGCUCCCCUGUUUCCAGAGUAGUUUACAAUGGCAAGAGAAACAGCAGUCCUCGCUCCCCAAGCAACAGCAGUGAGAUCUUCACUCCUGCACAUGAGGAGAAUGUGCGCUUCAUCUAUGAAGGUGCAGAGUGCAUGGCAAUCUGUGGAGCGGGAUCUCCGCAGUCAAAUGGCAGGUGGUGAAAGAGUUCUUGUAGAGGAAUAUGUGGAGAAGGUACCAAAUCCCAGUUUGAAGGCAUUCAAGCCUGUUGACUUGAGCGACCUAAAGCGACGGAACACACAGGACUCUAAGAAAUCCUAAAGUGACUUGGGCUGGCCCAGCCCCAAUGCUGGCAUGUGGCCACUGGUACAUGAAUUUGAUAACUUUGUGUUGGUUUCCUCCUAUUUCCUAGGAAGGAUUGGCUUUCUGCCUCUUCUUCUCAGCAUUCCCUGGCCUGGGCUGCUUGUCUUCAUUCUAGAAUUGAGCCCAGGAGUUCCUUUUCCUUAGUAAAUGACAUUUUAAUCUGACAAUAGCCAAGUGGCUGGCAUGUGUCCUGUCUGUCUACAUGUGAAAUAAGACAGAAGCAUUGGGAAACACCAGACCUAGACUCUCCCUAAAGUCCUCUCCAAACCCAGCUCUUCUUAGGGAAAAGCUGAGAGGCUGAUGGGAAAGAAGCAGCUGUGGUUAUGUAGUCUACUCUGCCAAUACAAACCAGGAGAUUUUAGACUGCUAAUACUUGAGCUUUUGGUCUGAAGAAUGGAACAGUAUUGCUCAGCCCGUUGGUACAGUGAUGAUGAAGAAGAACUGAAAAAUAGAAGCGUCAAGCCCAGGACAGUUUCCCAAGUGCAAACUUUUUGUGAUUCAACUGUAUCUGGAUAAAUCUGACUGGUCUCCCUUACCAUGUGCUGAAAAGAUGCACCAGAUUCUGUGGUUUUUACACCUUGACUAGCAGCCCCAGCCGGGGGGGGGGGGGGGGGGAGGUGGCAUUUCUGAGCUAGCCCCAGAGCCCAGCCCCCGUGCCCCAGCAGGGCUGGGGUCAGCCUUAGUGUGUGCUGUUCACAAGCAAGUGGCAGAAGUACCCAUGCUUGUGUCUAGCCCAGGCAUUGGUGUUGGGGACCCUACCUAAAAUAGGUAGGCAAGGGCAUGGUGGCUGUUUCUUUCCCUUUGUUAUGUCCCCCUUUGAAUUGUGUCUGUCUUUAAGGGGUGUUGUAAAUAAAACUGGUUAGUCAUUUUGA